GCAAGGCCGUGCUCAGAAUAAGAUGACAUGAAGCAGAGCUGGGAUGAAUUCCUCCUCUGCCUUUGCCAGAUCCAGUAUUGAGGUCAGUGUUCCCACACACUCAGUCAAGCGCCGCACUAGACUGGGAAACAGAUAAAACUAGCUAGAAAACGAUGCCGUGGUAACACUGCGGCAUUUCCUAGAACGCGAGAAUUAAGUUGAAUGUACUACUGUUCAGAUCUGGCGGCACUGAGGACUACUCCGAGGAUGGGAAUCAGCUGUGACAGACUCGGUCACUGAUAAUUUCACGGGAGUGCACUUCAUACGCUGCUAUUUUUGAGUUUGCCAAAUAUAUUUCACAAGGACAACACUUAGGUCUGUAGAUAAGGAAGGCGAUGGCAUUGCAUACUGGAUUGACAGGAUAGUGCUGAACUUACAUAGCCCUCACUGUAAAAGUCACGUUCAACUCGCAUUUCGGCCGCCUCUUCGAUUGUCAGAACACUUCCCAGCUCCGCCAGCUGAGCUUCACGAAAUCUUAAAAGGCGCCGAGCAUUUAGCGUUUCACCGCUGGUGAUCGGAUCAUUUCAGUCCUCCCGAAAGAUGUAGGAGACGCUGGGAUGGGAAACGCUAUAAUGUCUGUGGUCUCUUUCUUCCCGUCUAAAUCGUGCCAGCACUACCUUCUGGGAAAUGAUAUCGAGGAGCUACCACCGGAUAAAAUGAUGGAUUUGAGCGGGAAAUAUCUGAGGAAGUUUCCGCUGCAGGUCUGUGCUUUCACUGAACUUAUUAAACUGUACCUGAGUAACAACAAUCUGAGCAGUCUUCCCCCCGAGCUUCACCUGCUGAACUGCCUGCAGAUCUUGGCUCUGGACUUCAAUCGUUUCAAAGAGCUGCCGCAGGUGGUAUGCCGCCUCCGCCAGCUCUCCGCUCUGUACCUGGGCAAUAACUACCUGAGCGACCUGCCGGCCGAACUCAGCUCGCUGGCGGAACUGAAAACGCUGUGGAUCGAGGGGAACUGUUUCGAGGAGGUCCCUAGAGUGGUGUCGCAGCUAAAGCACCUGAGAAUCUUGCACGCAGGGUGUAACCAGCUAAGAGAACUGCCCACGGAUCUCUGGCACCUCCGCGAACUGCAGAACAUCUGGAUUUCGAGCAACUUGUUCUCUGAUUUCCCUAAAGUCCUACUGGAGAUCGAGAGCCUGGAGAUCAUCGACAUGGACCGAAACUCGAUCAAGUUCUUCCCCAGCCUGGUCCACAUGAAGAACCUGAAGCUGGUGAUAUACGAUCGCAAUCCGUGCAAGAGCGGCCCCAGGGUGGGCGAGGACGUCCGGAGGGUGGGAAGGUGGGCCGACUAUCGCCCUGAAGUCACCGAGGAAUUAUCACCGGAGAUGGAGCGAGAGCAGAUGGGAGAAAGCGAGGACGUUGAAACGACGGGGAAAAGUGAACUCAAUAAGGAUUCUGACUCGGUGCCAGAGUGAAAGCAACGGGAACCAAAGUGGCGCCAACGAAAGGCAAUUUGCGGGCUUCGUAUACUGUUUGAUUAUGCAAUACGUGUAGAAAUUGUAAAUACAUCUGCGCUCCUCUGGAUAGCUGUUUACAGCGCAAAACCUGCUUCCACAACAAGGGCUGAGACUAGAUAAAAAUAUGGAUGAAAGGAAUAAGAAAUGUUACUGGAGGAAGAAGAAAUAUUUUGGCUCGUGUGGAGCAAUAGGUGCCGGCCCGUGCCCUUGGUCUCAAUAUUCCGUCUUUGUCAGCAUUAAUUCUUGCUAGCGACACCGUCCAAAGGGACUGCAUGAAAAUAGUAAUUACUCUUCUUUUACAUAACAAGUGUAAUAUGUAACCGUGCGGUACGUCGUUAAUCAUCUGCUUCAGCGGAUGGGGCUUGAAGGCUGCUAUCAGGAACAGGAUGUACUUUGAUGACAAGCACAAAACCUAUUCCGAACGAUUCACCCUGCAGUUUAGACCCACAAAGGGGGGGGGGGGGGGAAACUUCCAUAAAUCAGACUUUAGGAUAAUUAACUUUUUUAUUCAGCAGCAGUACCUGGAAGUCAGAUAAAAUCCCGCCAAACUCCCAUUCCAACGAGAAUUAGGCUGCUCCCAUGGCAACGGCUUGAAAUAAAACGGUUUCCACAGGAAAUGAGACUUCGGAAUGUAAAGGCCAGCUUUCAAUCUGACCCCCUCUCUGCAUACAAAUAAUAAGCAAUCUUCUCGGUGUUCAACUUGGAAAUGCAUUUCAUUCCACAAAUUAUACAUUACUUGAGAACAAGCUUAGACCUUUAAUUUUGUUUUAAAUGAGGCAAUGUUUUGGGAGAACUUACUUCUACUUCACCGCACCAGUCAAUUCAGAUUUGCUUUGCCGGAGAAUAAUGGCGAAUUACCAGAGGAACUCAGCAAGUCAGGCAGCAUCUGAGGAGGAAAAUGGACAGACACCAUUUUGGGUCUCCCGGGAAAGUCAACUGAUCAUUUCCCAAUACAGAUGUUGCCCAAUACUACCGUACCUUGUGUCCUGAUUUUUGCUUCCAAUUAAAAAUGAAACCAGGUGGCAGACAGCUGCAUCUGUCUGUACUACAUGGGUGUUGGAAAGUUAAACUUUGAGAGGGGAUUAUGGGGAAGGAGUUGCUUUCUCUCACGAAUGCUUCAACUGAUACCCAAUUUGAACUCAAGUUUCUUAGUAGUCAUUCGAAAUACAAACUCAGGACAAAGCACUACUUAGAGAUAUCAUUGCUUUCUCCGAGGGUGGGCCGCACCAAACCCCUCUCCGCCAAAAUACGUAAAAGAAUCUCCUCAGAAGAAAUCAUCCCUUUCCCUGCAGUGCCCUCCUACGGUAAUGGGAUCAGUAAAAAGACGGUACAACCGUUGUUGAGAACCUGAGCGUUGGUCGGGGCGCAUUCAGCGCGGAAAUGUGGAACUGAAAGUGGCUCACAGAGUGACACAGAGUGGGUGUCUUGCCAAGAUCACAACACGCAAUGCCGAAGGAGGUGAAAAAGAACCCAAAGACCUGUAGAAGUCUGUAGAACUCACUAAAUUCUCUGUUCAUGUGUCCACUAUAAAAAAAAACUGAACAAGAAUGGUGUUCAUUUAAGGACACCAUGGAGGAAACAGCUGCUCUUCAAAAAAAAGCACUGCUGCUCGUUUCAAAUUUGCAACUAACUACCUGGAUGAUCCACAGCGCUUCUGGGACAAUGUUCUAUGAGCAGAUGAGACAAAAGUUUUUGGUAGAAAUGUUUGGAAGGAAAAGGGUACUGCAGAUCAAGACCAAAACAUUAGCCCAACUGUGAAAUAUGAUGGAAUGGGCAUCGUGGUUUGAGGCUGCUUUGCUGCAUCAGGGUCUGGACAGCUUGCAAUCAUUGAGGGAACAAUUAAUUUAAAAAAAUUGUAUUAAGACAUUUUACAAGAGAAUGUCAGGAUAGUGGUUUGUCACCUGAAACUUAAUAGCAGUUGGAUAAUGCAAUAAGACAAUAAUAAUCUGAAAGACAAGAAUAAAUCAACAACAGAAUGGUUUAAAAAGAAGAAAAUGUGUGUUUUGGAAUGGCCAAGUCAGAGUUUAGAUCUUAACCCGAUUGAGAUGCUGUGGCAUGACCUGAAGAGGGCUGUUCAUGCUAGGUAUCUCAGAAAUAUUGAUGAACUGAAACAGUUUUGUAUGAAGAAUGGUCUAAAAUUCCUCCUCACGUUGUACACGUCUGAUCUGCAGCUACAGGAAACCUUUGGUGCAGGUUAUUGCUGCUAAAGAAGGUUCUACCAGUUAUUAAGUACAAGGGUUCACAUGCUUUUUUCAGCCUGGACUGUGAAUGAUUAAACAAUGUGUUCAAUCAAGACAUGAAAAGUACAAUUGUUUGUGAGUUAUUAUUUUAGGCAGAUUGUGUUUGUCUAUUCUUGAGACUUAGAUCAGACCACAUUUUGAGUAUGAACUGCUUUGAGAGGUUGGUUCAGACUAGACUGAACUUCUGGUUUAUUACGGACCUGGACUCACUGCAAUUUGCCUAACGCCACAAUAGGUCAAUGGCAGACACAAUCUUAAUGGCUCUUCACUCAGCCUUAGACCACCUGGACAAUACAAACACCAAUGUCAGGAUGCCAUCUAUUGACUAUAGCUUAGUAUUUAACACAUCAUUCCCACAAUCCUGAUUGAUAAGUUACAGAACCUGGGCCUCUGUACCUCCCUCUGUAAUUGGAUCCUCGACUUCCUAACUGGAAGACCACAACCUGUGUGGAUUGAUGAUAAUAUCUCCUCCUCGCUGACUAUCAACACUGGUGCACCUCAGGGGUGUGUGCUUAGCCCACUGCUCUACUCUCUCUAUACCCAUGACUGUGUGGCUAGGCAUAGCUCAAAUACCACCUAUAAAUUUGCUGAUGAUACAACCAUUGUUGGUAGAUUCUCAGAUGUAGGCGAGGGGACGUACAGGAAUGAGAUAUAUCAACUAGUGGAGUGGUGUUGCAGCAACAAGCUUGCACUCAACGUCAGUAAGACUAAAGAGUUGAUUGUGGACUUCAGGAAGGGUGAGACAAAGGAACACAUACAAAUCCUCAUAGAGGGAUCAGAAGUAGAGAGAGUGAGCAGUUUCAAGUUCCUGGACCCAAUAUCUCUGAGGACCUAACCUGGACCCAACAUAUUGAUGCAGCUAUAAAGAAAGCAAGACAGCAACAGUACUUCAUUAAGAGUUUGAAGAGAUUUGGUAUGGCAACAAAAACUUCUAAACAUGAACCGUGGAGAGCAUUCUGACAGGCUGCAUCACUGUUAGUAUGGGAGGGGGCUACUGCACAGGACUGAAAGCUGCUGCUAAGGGACGUAAAUUUGGUUGGCUCCAUCUUGGAUACUAGCUUACAAAGUACCCGGGACAUCUUCAAGGAGCGGUGUCUCAGAAAGCGAUUCAGGAACAGCUUCUUCCUCUGCCAACCAAUUCCUAAAUGGACAUGGAACCUGUGAACACUAACUCACCUUUUUAAUAUAUACUAUUUCUGCACUAUUUUUAACCUACACAAAAUACAUAUACUGUAAUUGAUUUAUUUUCUUCUGUAUUAUGUAUUGCACUGACCUACUGCUAAGUUAACAAAUUUCAUGACACAUGCCAGUGAUAAUAAACCUGUUUCUGAUUCUGUAAUUAAAACAGAAAACCAGGUAAUUGCAAAGGGUUCACAAACAUUUUCUUACAACUGUAUAUUCGUAAGAAAAGCUGUCCAAUGUAUCAAUAUACAUUACAGGCAAGAUCACAAUCUCUACUGAAGUUUAUCUAAACCUAAAACAAGGGGU